AUGCCAGGCGUUGUCGACACCCCGGCCGGGCCGGUCAGGCCAGAGUUGGGGUUCACCGUUGCGCAUCAGAAGGUCGAGCUGGAGAUAGAUUUUGCAAGCAAGAGCCUCAAGGGAAAAACCGAAAUCACCAUCCAUCCCCACCACAAGGACCUCCGCACUAUCCGAUUGAACUUCCGGCAAGGCGAGCUGAGGCGUUUGAAUGUCAGUGGGAAGGUACCGACGGUCAAAUAUGUGGAUCCCUACAACUUGCUGCAGCUGUACGGCCCUCACUAUCACCAGCUCCUGUCAGCCAAAAUCGAUGGACUGCUCAAGUCGCCGCCAGAGCCGGACCUGCUGGUCUCGGUUCCCAAGGGCGUGCGCAUUGAAGAACUCGACCCGUCCUCCAUCGAAGCCCAGGAUCAGAUGACGUUACGUGCUACGGGUGCCGCCGAUGAUGCAGAGGGGCCUUUGAGUGCCAAAACAGCCGACUCGUCGCUCCCACGAUUUACGGCGCUGACAAUGUAUAUCGAAUUCGUCAUUGAGAACAUACGGGAUGGGCUGCAGUUUGUCGGUAUAGACAAUGGGGACAGACGCUACCCGCAUGCUUACACGACAAACUCCUUGGGCUAUGGUGCUGGAUGUCCUCUUUUCCCUUGUGUUGAUGAUCCUUCGUCGCGUUGCACCUGGGAAAUCUCAAUCAAGUGUCCGUGCUCCCUUGGCGAUAUGUUUGAUCGCAAACACCGAGACCACGCCGGUGCCUCUGGUUCAAGUCGGUCAAAGUCAGGCUCAGGUCAUGACCGCUAUAUUGCCCCGGAUGAUGAGACGUUGGAUUUGUCGGUCGUUUGCUCCGGAGACCUGACGGAUGAGAUCGUUGACCCGAAAGAUGCCAGCAAGAAGACGGUCUCGUUUGCGUGUUAUUCCCCUCUUUCGGCCCAGCAGAUCGGCUUUGCCGUCGGUCCGUUCGAAUAUGUCAACCUUUCUGAUUUCCGUGAAAGUGACCAGGAUGAGCAGCUGGGUCUGAAUGCCAUUCCUCUGCACGCCUUCUGUAUUCCAGGAAGAGGGGAUGAAGUUCGGAAUACUUGUUUCCCGAUGGCUAAAGCAAUCGAUUUCUUCUCGUUAUCUUACGGCUCCUACCCAUUUGCAAGCUACAAGAUCUGCUUCGUGGACGACGCACCCGACGACACGUUACCAACGGCCUGCUUGUCGAUCUGCAGUAGCCACCUUCUGUUCCCCGAAGAGAUUGUUGACCCCAUGUAUGAUGCUACUCGUACUCUAGUGCAUGCUUUGUCAUGCCAGUGGAUGGGCGUGAACAUUGUCCCCAAGGAGGCGGUGGAUACCUGGGUGACGAUCAGCGUCUCUUGGUAUAUCACGGAUACGUUCAUGAAGAAACUUUGUGGAAACAACGAACACCGCUUUCGAAUGAAGCAGAUGUCUGAUAAAGUUUGUGAUCUCGACUACGAACGUCCAUCAAUCUACGAUAUGGGAAACAUCUUGAACAUCGAUCCGUCUGAGACGGAGUUCAUCGCGCUCAAGGCUCCGCUCGUCCUUUUCAUUCUGGACCGAAGGCUCACGAAGGCCAGUGGCAAGGCAACAAUGUCUCGCAUCAUAUCUCGCCUGUUCCUGAAUUCCCGGAUGGGCGAGAUACCGAAUGGAGCUGUGACCACUUCUCUCUUCCAAAGAACAUGCGAACGCCUGGGUCAUGCGAAGCUGGAUUCCUUUUUCCAGCAAUGGGUCUACGGGGCUGGGUGCCCUCGGUUCCAGGCCACGCAACGAUUUAACAAGAAGAAGCUGGUUGUCGAAAUGAUGAUUCGGCAAGUGCAGGCUGACCCCUCAAGCGCGCGCGAUUUGGACAAGAACGCAUUUCUGCGCGAUGUCAAGGAAGAGAUCCGAAGCGUUUAUGCUGGGCCUGUCCAGCCGGUAUUUACGGGCUCGAUGACCAUUAGAAUUCACGAAGCGGACGGCACACCUUACGAGCACAUCGUUGAAAUCAAGGAGGGCGUCACCAAAUUCGACAUCCCGUAUAAUACCAAAUACAAGCGCCUGAAGAGGAACAAACGACAAAAGGAGCGCGCGGCCGCCGUUAUAGGUGGUGACCCUAAUGCAGAAGUGCAGGAAGAUGUCCUUCUUUAUUGUCUAGGUGAUGUGUUGCAGAGUGAGGAAGAAAUGCAAGAGUGGAAACUCGCCGAUUGGAGUAAGGAGGACGAGGAAAGAAUGGGCCAGGAAUCAUAUGAAUGGAUCCGCAUGGACGCCGAUUUUGAAUGGAUCUGCAAGCUUUCGUUGGCCAUGCCGGGGUACAUGUACCUCUCCCAACUACAACAAGAUCGAGACGUCAUAGCUCAGUUGGAGUCCUUGCAAUACAUGGCGAUACAGCGAGAGCAUCCUCUCAUCUCCACAAUAUUCGUCCGGACUCUAAUGGAUCGAAGAUACUUUUACGGAAUCCGCGUCGCUGCAGUCCACGCUUUGGUGAAGCAUGCGAAAGAGGAGAUUAACUGGCUAGGAUUGUUCCACCUUGAGAGAGCAUUCCAGGAACUCUUCUGCCUCCCGGGAUCGCCAAUGACCCGCUCGAAUGACUUCUCUGACAGGGCAGCGUAUGUGCUCCAGCUGAUCAUCCCGCAAGCUAUAUCAAAAGUACGCGAUAAUGGUGGCAAGACGCCGAUGAGGGUCAAGCGUUUCUUGUUUGACAAGUUGAAGUUCAACGACAACUCCAACAAUGAGUGCUCGGACAACUUUUAUGUCGCGACUUUGAUGGAAUCGUUGUGCCACGCCAUGCUGGGCAAAGCGGACGCCACCCCUGCAGAGGUCGAUAUGGACGACUUCGAUAUGGAACGGGUGCUUGCGGCCCAGGCGGAAGAGCAGCUGGAGAAAGAUGCCAUAGCCGAGCUCGAUAGGUAUCGCAGGAUGGACGAAUGGUCCAGCUCUUUCCAGAACGUCUACUCACGGGCUGCUUUACGCUGUCAAAUGCGGCUCAUGCAGGCCAAUAUCAUAGAACCCGACAUCAUGCAAUUCUUACCAUACACCCGAGCUGGAACCUAUGACCUACUUCGUUUGGAUGCGUUUGAAUGUCUAGUUGAGCUGGACAUAUUCCAGAGCCCGGAGUUGCUGCGAUGGUUCAUCUUCACAAUGGCAAGCGACUCUUCUGCUUGUAUCCGACGCCGGCUCCAUGGCCUGUUCGGGAAAGCCCUUGCUCCAGUCGCCUUUGGCCGCGAAUCAAGCAAUGACCAACCUGCCAACACCGAUAACCUGAUCAUCGAACAAGAAUCCUCCACCGAGGUCCGACAGGCGGACCUGGCGCGAAAACAGACGGUCACUGGAGCCUUGAGUGCCUUGAAAAAGGAGGUUUCUGGCGAUCAGGUGCUGAAGGAGGCCAUCUGGUCUGCCUGCAACUCACCGUGCAUCGGAGUGCUUGAGAUGUCUGAAUUCGCCGAUCUCUGCAAGGUUCUGUAUGACGCAGUCACGUCUCGGAUGGUAAAGCUGAAAUACCCUCGCUACUGGAGCGUCAAGCAUCUCGGACGGGGACGCCUGCACUUCUUCCGAUCGAACAAAGUUCGCACGACGCUUACGCCGGCCAAGGAUUCUACGGCUGCGAAACGCAAGCGAGAGGACUCGGGCACGGCACUCCCUGGCCCUCGCAUCACAUUCAAACAAUCCAAGGUGGGGUCCAGUGCCUCGACAUUCAGCCCCAAACCGCCCUCGCAGCCGACCCCCAAGCUGCAAGUUCCCAAAUACUCAUCCCCAGCCCCUCAGGCACCGCCCAAGCCGAAGGUUGCCGCCGAUCCCCCUACGCCAUCCACCCCCUCUGGCCCGUUAAAGCUGAAAUUGAAAUUCGGACCGAAAUGAUCGUCUUUGCGCGAAAUUCUAGAUACCAUUACUUUGUGUAUGCACCUCAUUAUCUUCUGUUUGGACAAGGGACGGGGGGGGAUUCGGUCAGGGAGACGCAUGGCGCGGGGUUGGAACGGGGGUUUGUUUUUUUAAUGUCUCUCAGACGAUUUUUAUUCUUCUAUUCUGGGCUUGGGUUAUCUCCACAGGGUAUCUGGUUCAGUGGCCCAUGCGAAUUGCAGGUGGGAUUUGGGCUUUGGUUCGCCAAGGAUCGUUUUUUCUUCGGCUGAUAUACCCCCUCCCCAAGAAUGUCAUAUCUGGUGUUCCAGAAGGUCGA